UGUAAACGAUGUAACUUUUGACACAAAUCAGCUACUUUGACCACUUUCCCAACAAGUAAGACAAAAAGUUAGAGGGUAUGACAUCUUUCUCUACUUCUCUGCUAUUCAAAUUUGAAAUCAAAACAUAAAUAACUUUUACCAAUCAAGAGGUCCACCUGUUUUAGUAACCGCACCAACUAAAAUUUUCUCUAACUUUUUAUAAACUGCCAUUUUGACCACUUUCCCAACAAGUUAGACAACUACUUAGAUCAAAUGAAAUCUUCCUCUACUUCUCAGCUAUUCAAAUAUGAAAUCAAAACAGGAAUGGCGUCUACCAAUCAAGAGGUACAGCUGUUUUAGUAACCGCAUCAACUUCUUUCAGUAGGCUACUUCCCACUGUUGAAUUAACUGUCAUAGAACUUUGAGAAAUAUCAAAUUCUAGCACAUUCUAAGCAUGAGACAAUUAAUAAACAAUGUGACUUUUGACACAAAUCAGCUACUUUGACCACUUUCCCAAUAAAACAAGCCCCACAACUUGUAAAGUUACCAUCUAGUUUGUUUUGUUUUACAGGCAUUAAACAGCCAAGCCAUGCUGUAUUGGUUGCAGCAGCUGCAAAUAAAACGGUGGCAGCACAAUACCAGCCUGGUGAAAAUACCUGCAGAGCCCUCCACUACCUCCACACAGCUCUGCCAGCUGCCUUCUGCACCUUGGGAAGCACCUCCAGCACCGCCUGUACCUCUGACACCCCCAGCACCUACAGUCCUUUCAGCUCCUUCAGUUUCUUCAGUUACAAACGAGUCUGCGCAGGAAGCAAAGACUGGAGGAAAGAGUUCUCCAUCAAGCAGCAUGAACAAGAGGGAGAAGAAAAUGACCAGUUCUCUUCAGCCUUCUGGGGAGAAGGUGUCAGGAAAGGAGGGGAGCCCCGUGGACAAACUAUCCAGACUCCAGCACGAGGUGUUCACGCUCACUGAGGAGCUCAAGUCACAAAAGGAGCUGGUGCGACUCCUUCACAAGGCCCUGGAGGCAGCACAGCAGGAGAAGAGGACCAGCAAACGGUUCCUGUCAGCAGCAGGGGAGCAGGAGCGGCUGGAACUGGUGCGGCACAAAGAGAGGUGUAUCACGGACCUGGACGGCCGACUGGAGGCCCUGCUCAAAGACAAGGAGGAGCUGGAGCAGCGGCUGGCCAUGCAGGACUGCCAAGUGAAUGAGCUGCAGCAGCACGUGCAGCUCAUGAUGGAGAAGAACAACGCCAAGCAGGAAGUCAUCCUCAAGCUCUCCGAGCAGGUGGCCGCCUGCAUGGCUGACCCCCAGCGUACCGUAGCCAAUUCCAUGGGCACAGAGACCUUCUGCAGGCUGCAGGAGAAGAUUGAGAACCUCAAGUGUGCCUACCUGGAGGCCAAAAACUGCCAGAUUGAGAGCAAGUACCUGGUCGUGCUGCGCAGGCUGCAGGAGAGCAAAGGGCUGGACAGCAGUCAGCAGGAGAUGGUGGAAAGGCUCAUUGAGGACUCACUGCAGGGAGACAAGAAGGAUGGCUUUAAACUCAACCCUGUCAGUGAGUAUGACGACUAUGGAUUCAAGACCAUUCCUGAUUAUGAAGUAGAGGACGUGAAGCUCCUGGCCAAAAUCCAGGCCCUGGAGAUCCGUUCCAACAACCUGCGCAACAAUGAGAUGGUGGACAAGCCUUUGCGGACAAGGUGGGCUAACUACCUGGCCAGCCGUCCCUUGGACCAGCUGGCUCCCUCCCCAGAGCUGAAGGGCCUGAUCCGGUGUGGGAUCCCUGUGGAGUACCGGGAGCAGGUGUGGCGCUGGAUCGUGAGGACACGGACGCAGGUCUCUAGGAAGUGGAAUCCCAAUUGCUACCAGGAGCUGAGGAAGCACUGCGAGGUGUCGGAGCACCUGGCCUCGCGGCAGAUCAGGCUGGACCUGCACCGCACCCUCACCAGCAAUAAGCACUUCUCCUCGCCCACCUCCGACGCAGUCCAAAAGCUGCAGCGCAUUCUGCUAGCCUUCUCCUGGCAAAACCCCACCAUCGGCUACUGCCAGGGCCUCAACAGGUUGGCAGCUAUUGCACUUUUAGUUCUGAAGGGUGAAGAGGAUGCCUUCUGGUGUCUGGUGGCUGUUGUUGAAAUCAUAAUGCCACAAGACUACUACAGCAAAACCCUCACUGCCUCUCAGGCUGAUCAGAGGGUGUUCCGUGACUUUCUUGCUGAGAAGAUGCCUCGCCUGAUGGCCCACUUCAAGGAGCACAGCAUCGAUCAUUCCCUCAUCACCUUCAACUGGUUCCUGGUGGUCUUCGUGGAAAGUCUGGUCAGCGACAUCCUGCUCAGAGCGUGGGAUGCUUUCCUCUAUGAGGGCACAAAGGUGAUAUUUCGCUAUGCACUGGCCCUCUUUAAGUACAAUGAAGAGGACAUUCUAAAAAUUCACGACAAUCUGGAAAUCUACCAAUACCUCCGUUUUUUCACCAAAACUAUCUCUGAUGGCAGGAAACUAAUGACCAUAGCGUUUAAUGAUAUGAACCCCUUCCCUAUGAAGCUGCUGAAGAACAGACGAGAGUUUCACAUGGAGAGGCUGACAGCCGAGCUGCUGGAGCUGGAGAGGAUACAGGAGGAGUUUGUGAAAGAACAACAAGUGGAGCGCAAAGACAAGGACCUGGACACUGCUGUCAACGAAGAUGAAGAAGUAAUACAGACUGCAGUUAGCUUGCAUCACACGUCCUGACGUUAUUGAAAAAUUACACAUCACUGAUACUAUUUAAACUAAUUUGUUUGCCUUAUUAUUCCCUGCUGUGGAAUAUAGUGGGGCUUACAUAUUGUGUAUGUCACACAUACAUCUAACUGUUAUCCUUUGUCUGUUGUUGAGUAUAUAGGUAUGUCAGACUUACAUUUUUACAUGUACAGUUCGGCUCUUAUUUUGUAAUGGUGCGCGUAAUGUACCGACAUACUUGUUUUAGAGUCAACAAAUUAAGUUUACCAAACCUGUCAAAAUGCAGAAUAUUAAUGGAAAUAGGUGUGUUGGUAAUACACACACACUACAUCUCUGAAUGCUUGACUUCAAAUCCAGUUUAAGUCACACAUGAAAGGAGUAUGGUGGUCCUAAGCCCUCGGCUUCCACAUCACAAAACCAACACACAGUGCAGCACAAUUGGCACAAAGGAUAAACCUGUUUCUUAUCUCAUAAAACAGCCUUUUACUAUAAUUAUCAUCUGUCAGUCUCUGAAUUUCUUCAAUCAGCAGUUCCAUUCCACUCAGAUCAGUUCAGUAAAUUAAUUAUUUUGUAGUUUCCCAAGAAAACAAAAACUCAUUGGAGAUCUUGAAAAUUAAUGUCUUGAAAUGUGAUUAAUUUAGGCCAGGCUAAUCUGAACAAGUACAGAGAUUCCAGUUACUUUUCAGACCGGCAACCAGGUUCCAGAUUUUCUAAACGAGACUAUCUCUGAAAUAAACUUAUUUUUUAUGCA